UGGAGCGGAGAGACUUGGGUUGCUGAUGCUCGGGCCAAUCAGAGUGAAGGCUCCAGGAUGGCAUGGUGAUGGAACGCAGCCGAGAGGUCUGACAAGAUGUACCAGGUCCCACUGCCGCUGGACCGGGAUGGGACCCUGGUCCGGCUCCGCUUCACCCUGGUGGCCCUGGUCACGGUCUGCUGUCCACUUGUCGCCUUCCUCUUCUGCGUCCUCUGGUCCCUGCUCUUCCACUUCAAGGAGACUACGGCCACACACUGUGGGGUGCCCAAUUACCUGCCGUCAGUGAGCUCGGCCAUUGGCGGAGAGGUGCCCCAGCGCUACGUAUGGCGCUUCUGCAUUGGCCUACACUCAGCACCCCGCUUCUUGGUGGCCUUCGCCUACUGGAACCACUACCUCAGCUGCGCCUCCCCGUGUCCCGGCUACCGCCAGCUUUGCCGCCUCAAUUUCGGCCUCAACAUCGUGGAGAACCUUGCGCUGCUAGUGCUCACCUAUGUCUCCUCUUCCGAGGACUUCACCAUCCAUGAAAAUGCUUUCAUUGUGUUCAUCGCCUCAUCCCUCAGUCACAUGCUCCUCACCUGCAUUCUCUGGCGGCUGACCAAGAAGCACACAGUAAGUCAAGAGGAUCGCAAGUCGUACAACUGGAAACAGCGGCUCUUCAUCAUCAACUUCGUCUCCUUCUUCACGGCGCUGGCUGCGUACUUUCGGCACAACAUGUAUUGUGAGGCUGGAGAUUUUGAUUCUGGGAACAAGGAAGAGCCUCCAUGCCCAGGAGACACCAGACAAAGCAGGGACAGAACCCAAGACAGCCUAGUUCCCAGCCUUAAAAAAAAAUUCACACUGGAGAAUUCUCCACCUCUUGCCAUUCUCCACCCUUCAGCCCCUGCAGAGGAUCCUGCACUCCACAGAUAGGGGAUGGAGAAGUUGGGCCUCAGAAAAACAGACAUAAAGAGAGAAGGACUGGGGUCGGGGGGCUCCCCCACCCUCCGCCUGAGCGCAGAGGACCCUUAGGUUGCAGGCUGCGGCUGUGGGUCUGGACCGGCCUCGAUCUUCCAGGGAAGGAGCUCUUUCUCCGCAGCCUCGGGCUUCAGAGGCAACAGACAGCCUCUCUCUCUACCUCACAAGUGUCACAACUGCCAAAGCAGAGGGAGCGCCUUCUCUAGCCCAGAGGCCCCUUCCUCUCAACACACUUCGUAACAGCCCCCUGCAACUCCUGGGGGCACCCCACCUCUGAGUCCCAUCUCCCAGCCCUAAGCACUUCCACUCAGAGACUUUUCUCUCGGAGCGGGAGACCCUCCGACCUCAGGAGUCCCUUGCGGCUCUCGGGGGCCGCUACCGCCGCCCUUGGUACAGGAACCCACCGUCCCCGAACCGCCGCCGGCUCGCA